UAAUAGAGAGAAGUAUAUUCUGUUGUAUGCCAGAAUGUUUUUGCAUUCUCACCAACUGGACUGCAUAUCAGACAGGAACAGAGCUCAAUUAAUCAGAAUAAAUUAACAGGUUACACCUGGUUUGCUCUCCGACAUUGGUAGGACCAGGCAUUCGUCUGCAAAGCAAAACAAGUUUCUUAAAACAGGGAUUUGCCCUUACUAACGUUGUAGCCAUGUGCAUUUGCAUGGACAUGUUCAUUUCAAACGUUGCAGAUAGACGUAGACUACACAUGGGACCAAACUAUAACAUGAAAUUCGAGGUCCCUUCGAGGUUCAAAAUCCAAGCAACAGUAAAUCGCAGAGCAGACUUGCCUAGACCGAUGUUGAUUGGCGGAUCAUUAGGCUACACCUGCGUUCACUGGGACAAGGAAACCAACUUUAGAUUGAUUGCAAAUGGUUACAAUCGAACAAUCGAAUUUGAUCUUGAAUUAUAGAUACUAUUUCUGAUGAGAUGUCGCAAAUAAGCCCAUCACCAAACUCAAAUCUCGCUGAAGGUUUACCAAUCACAAGUUUGACCCUACUUGUUCUCCUUCUUAUACCAUGCGUAGUUCUUUUGCUACUGUUGAACUGCCUAUUUCUCGGUUACAAAUUCCUAAUAUUAUCCAGGAGAAAAAGAAAACGAGAGGAUUCUGAGAGCACACUUCUACAGUCGAGUCACUCGACCCACCAGAGAAUCACCAGAAUAUCUGAAAAACCCUUGUUACCCAAUCAGGAUGGGAAAAGAACAUAUUUGUCCAUAUCGGAACCAAUGUUGGUACCACCCGUGACAUCUUCAAGAACCUCUUCACGGGGAAAUGUUGCUUUGGAUCCGAGAGGGAUUCACUUCUUGCGGCCAAGUGGAACGACAGGAGGACGAUCGGGGUCUCUGAGGUCCCCCAGUACAAUCCUGGCGACCUCGUCAACAACGCCCAACUCGAGGCCCGACUUGCACCGCAAGUCCUGCAUGUACAGCAAAAGCAAAUGGUGCUGUAGCGCCCCAGUCUUACCGCUUUCCAGUGACUCUGAGACGGAACGGACACACCGUGUGCCCCCCAAUACACCAUGUAUCACAGAAUUAAACGACGCUGUUUCUGGUGUAAGUAGACCAGCUAUGUGUUAUUGAGAUGCUGGACCUUAAGUGAUCCCUGAUAUUGUCUCCUUGGAAACAUGUUUGCCAUCGGCAGGUUGAGUUGGGCCAUAUGCGCCG